AUGGAGAUAAUGAAUGCCAAGAAGACACUAGAGCUCGGUGUGUUCACGGGUUACUCACUGCUCACGACAGCUCUUGUAUUAGAGGAAUCCGGCAAGGUUACUGGAAUAGAUAUUGAUAAAGAUGCUUACAAUAUGUCUCUAGAGUUCAUCAAGAACUCAGGUGUUGAUCACAAGGUCACUUUCAUCCAAUAUGAUGGUGUUCAGGCCUUAGAGAAGAUGAGAAUCCACAAACCGGAGUUUGAUUUCGCAUAUGUUGAUGCUGAUAAACAAAACUACAGCAACAUGCACGAGAGACUGAUGAAGAUGGUGAAGGUUGUUAUAAUUAUAACGUUUGAUAACACAUUGUGGUUUGGGUUCGUCGCUGAGGAAGAGGAAAGCGUCCAAGAGCGCAUGAGGGAGAACAGAGAAACCCUAAUAGACUUCAACAAACGGCUUGCUGCUGAUCCUCGCAUUGAGCUUCAUCAAGUCUCCUUUGGUGAUGGUGUCACUCUCUGCAGUGAUAAGACUAAAUCACAAGUUGAUAAAGCUGGUGUGUUGAGAGAUCAAGAGGGCCACUUGCACAAUGAGAAGGGCCAAAAGUUUGAUGCUGAGGGGAAUGUGAUUGCUGAGAUUGUCGUUGACGAAGAACAAGCCGAUGGUGUCGAUCGACGCCAACUUGGUGUAGAUCGACACCUUCCUCCAGCAGACGUAUGUGGAGCUGCCAACCCCGACAACAACCCAGUUCGAAGACAUGAUCAAAACCGGGACUUGAUCUGGACCAUUGCGGACUUCAACAGAGCUGAAUUGAUGUAUGAGAACCGCGAUGCUAUUGUUCCACCUCCAUUCCAGCGGAAUGACUUUGAGCUGAAGCCCGCCUACUUCCAGCUAGUUGGGCAGAGCCUUUCUCAAACCUGCCAAAUGAGAAGCUUCUGGAUCAUAUUGAGCAUUUUGAAGAUCUGGUGA